AUGGAUGGCGAAGAGCAGCAAAAGCGCCUGGUGCACUUGAGCACGGUGUCUCUUGACUCAACUUACGAUCAAGAUGAAUCAACAGAAAUUCUGAAGCGACCGAUUCGCAGCCGAUGCGUUUGGACACCAUUUAUGGUUCUAGCUGGUUUGAUCUUGGUCGCCGUUGGGCUGGUGCUCGCGCUGGAUCGUGGAAACACUGAUCACGAAGGAGUUGUGGUGGAUUCCUCAGAUGAAGAUCCGAAUUUGACAGCAUAUUCAUCGUUGACAAGUGGUGAAGGUCUCAGUGCUCCUGAAAAGAAGUUGGUUGAGUGGCUGAACCAGGCGCAUAAUGCAAGUGAACUCUACGUCAUAGGUGGCAGCAAUAACAUGAGUGUUACCGGUGUCCUCUUUCCACGCCAUGGUGGCGACACAUCGUUGCCUUUCAAUGCCAUGGUGGCAAUAGAUUCCAUCGGACCCCUUCCACGCCGACAAUACGUAGCUCUGGCAAACGGACGAGGGUUCGAAUGGGUCGUGACCUCGCUGGGUGCUGGAGAUAUCAUCAUCACCAACGAUUGCUUGACUAAGAGCGACAGUGUGGUAUUCGAUGAGCUUGACUCGAUUGUGUCGACGGCAAACUGGACAUCGUCUGAGAUUGAUAACGAGGAUGAAGUGAACGUCAUUUUGGAUGAAGUAACCUACACGGUGUCAAAGGAAGAAGAUGAUUAUUUCUUGAGUGAGGAGGUGGUCGAUCAAUGCUGGAUGAUUGAAAGCGAGGACGAGGAGUUCGAAUUGCGCAUUUGCGCCUCAGUGGCUGGUGAGCAGCUUCCGCCAACGACGUUUGAAGAUUUGUUCAAUGCCACUAGUGAAUGCCCUCAACUUGCACCAAUGGCAACACGUACGACGCUUUCUGUUCCUUUACCGUUGCGUAAAUGGUAUGCUAGCUACCAAGCGUAG